CUGCUUUCUCUGCCAAAUCAUUUUUGGAAGGCAUCGUCUCCCGGUCCAUCAUAACAUGAGAAGCCAAACAACUGUCCAACUUUGCGAUGCGAACGAAGAUGUCUAUAAAGCGCUCAUUUCAGCAGCGCUGUCCCUGCGCUACAGGUACUUUCUGAGUACAACCCUUCCAAUGCGCGUAGUCACCAGCUCUGAACGCCACCUAACUCGCCUACGCAUCUGGCUCGGAAAACGUGUAUUCGAAAACCUCGGUUCCGCUGGAGUAUGUCUGGUUUGGACUUCGAACGGUCGUAAAAUUCAAUCCCGCCACCCGUUUCGCCGAGGCCGCAAGCAUGGAAUUUGUCUCACACCAUACGUAUAUCCCCGUUCCUCGUGUGCACGAUGUUUUCGUCAUCGACGGUCGAACCUACAUUGUGAUGGACUACAUGCUCCCGAAUUGACAUACGUCUGGCACAAGCUAACCGAAGUGCAGAAGAAAGCAAUUUUCGCACAGUUGAGAGACUUCAUCGGUCAGCUCCGGUCUCUCGAACCCCGCAUCCUGGUCGUGUUCAAGCAGUGGACUCGACUGGUCUCUUUUAUCCUCGAAUAUGCUUGGAUGAUCGUCCAUUUGGGCCAUUUUCCUCUGUUGCAGAAUUUCAUACUUACUUUGGCCACAACUGCCUGCUCAAUCUCGAAGCGGUGCCGGCAAUACUUCCCAUCAAUCGAAGCUAUGGCUCAAAGACACUAUCGGAUCGCCUUUGCUCACUUGGAUUUGCCCAAGAAAUAUGCUCGCCCAGAAUGGUAAUGUUGUGGCAAUUGUUGAUUGGGAAUGUGCAGGAUGGUAUCCUGAAUAUUGGGAAUAUACACGGUGGGCAGUGAGCAGCUAUCGAUCACCACAGACAUGGCUUGAUGCACGGGACAAUAUUAUGGAUGUAUAUUCUGAGGAGCUGCAGGUUGAAGACCUCAUUGGCGGUGUAUAUACCCGACUAUGAUAGUCUGACACAUGUACGUGGUGAUAUGUAUGUUUGUCAACAGACUACAACCUGGGAUAUCUCCCGGGUCCAGCCAAAGUUUACUCUCCAUUUCAAGUUCUGGACAC